UCCCGCCCCGGCCGCCGCUGCGCUCCGGGCCCGGCGCCCUUCUCCCUCCUCUUCUCCGUGUCCUGGCUCCGCUCUAGCCUGGAGCGGGCGCUGCAAUGGCUCCAGCCGCUGACCGGGAGGGUUACUGGGGCCCGCCGACCUCCACCCUGGAGUGGUGCGAGGAGAACUACGCCGUCUCCUACUACAUCGCCGAGUUCUGGAACACAGUGAGUAACCUGAUUUUCAUUCUACCUCCAAUCUAUGGUGCGAUUCAGACCUAUAAAGAUGGCCUUGAAAAACGGUAUUUAGCUGCCUAUUUGUGUCUUACAGCUGUAGGAUUGGGAUCUUGGUGCUUCCACAUGACCCUGAAGUAUGAAAUGCAGCUGUUGGAUGAACUGCCAAUGAUAUACAGUUGUUGUGUGUUUGUCUACUGCCUGUACGAAUGUUUCAAGUACAAGAAUACAGUCAAUUAUCCACUGCUUUUCUUAUUAAUAACAUACAGCGUCGUAGUCAGCAUAGUUUACCUAAAUUUGAAAGAGCCUGUAUUCCAUCAGGUCAUGUAUGGAACACUAGUUUCCAUCAUAGUUCUAAGAUCUGUUUAUAUAGUAUUAUGGGUAUACCCAUGGCUUAGAGGUCUAGGCUAUACAUCUUUAACUGUAUUUUUAAUGGGAUUUUUUCUCUGGAAUGUGGACAACAUUUUCUGUGAUAAAUUGAGAGCACUACGAGAGAAGAUGCCUCCUGUGGUGGGAGCUGUGACACAGUUUCAUGCAUGGUGGCAUAUCCUCACAGGCCUGGGUUCUUACCUGCAUAUCCUGCUAAGUUUAUAUACAAGGACACUUUUCCUGAAACACAGGCCAAAGGUGAAGUUUGUUUUUGGAAUAUGGCCUGUUCUUCUGGUGGACCCACCCAAGAAGCUUUGACGGAGCCCUGGGCAGCAGCACGCGAUCACCUGGCCUGGCUGAAUAAAGCAUUUCAACAGUUACUCUGGCUGAAGUGUCAAAAUUAUGGAUCAAUCCAAGUACCAUUGCUAUUAAAGGACUUCUCUGUGCUGUGAGGCCAGUCAGCCAGAACAGAGCGAAGAGCUGGCACACUAGGGAAAUAGCAUUUAGUACAGCUUUAUUCUAAGUUGUUAAAACAAAGAUUAAGACACAAGGGUUUUAUGUAUAUAUUGUAUAGCUGAUGAUACUGAGGUAAUAUUUCGUGCUGGUCACAGAAAACUAACCAUUUUUGAAGUGGAUUGCACACGUUUUUUCAUUCAGUUUUUGUUCUUUCUGUGGUCGAAACUAAUAUUAGUAACUGAAUGACAAAACCAGGCCAUUGAUGGCCAAGCUAAGUGUUUGUGUGGCCUAUAGUGAACUGAAUGCUUAACCCAAACUACUUUAACCUUGCACUUUUAUAGAAUUAAUGAAGUAUGUAAUGGUUGAUUUAAGCCUUUAUUCUAUCUUGCUUUUCCACAGCCUCCUUUGGCAAUUUAUAUUUUAAGCAAAAUGGUUGCGAUACCAUUAGUUCAUUUUGUACCAAGCUUCCAUUUUCUCUUUAGUCCAACCAAGAGGUUCAUCAUGGAGGAUGUUCCAGGGUGUGACCAGCAGAAGACACUGAAAUGGUGAAGCCUUAUAGAUGUUCUUGUUUGUGUCUGGAAACUCAGUUCCUAAUUUGUUUGACCAGUGAUUCAUCACAAAACUGUAGAGUGACUGUAGAAACAUAAGAAACACUCUUUUAUUUUUUUGUAAUUGUUAUUUACGUAUGUCCUUUUCUAACCCUGCCUUUAACUUCCCAUUUCCCAUUCAUACUACAGAUUGACAAACACCUCAGAUAUGCUCUAGUUUAGCUUUGAAUUCAUCUUUCUCUUAUUUUACAAGUCUUAAAUAGUGGUCUAACUUUCAGAUGCAUCUUCUUAUUCAGAAACAUUGAAGGAGGUAUAAAGAACAAGACUGAGGUUGACGAUACCCUCAAAUAUAAGUGGCAGCACUUUGCUUGCUUUUAAUCUAUCACAUGGUUAGUCUGUGAGAAAGCUGACCACCUUUUAAAACCAGACUUUGGGGAUUAAUGGGGGAGACAAACCCUCUAUUUUCUGCAAUUUUUAUCUACCCAGCUGAUGGAAGUUAAUAAGUAAAUGUAAAGAAAACAUUAAACUAACACAGUUUUUCAAGAUAUACCUCAAGUGAAGGCUGUGGUUUUGACAUUCUUGAUUUUGGGGCAACUAAGAGAGUCUGUGCCUACUUGCUGCCACGCUAUGCAAUUUUUGUCUGCUUUUGAUGCUCUGAGGGAUUUAUCCUUCUUGCCAUGAAGAAAAAAAGGGAAAUGCUCAGAGUGAUCCAAAAUCCCAUUCUGUAUUGAUUUACAACAUGCUCACAGCAGUAAAGCAUGGUAAUGCAGCUGUAAAGCUGUCUGCCAGGUCUCAAAGUCCUGACUAUUGAACAAUCAGUGCUGGCUAAAAUGGUCUCCUCCCUUUAAUGUCUUUUUCUCUGUUUGCAGUUUCUCUGCAUCUUCCACGUCCAUCAGUAACUCUCCUACUGACAUGAACCUCCAAAUAAAACUGUGGCUUUUGUUAUGCGAUGACCCUGGACCCUUGAGGUCAAAUAACACCAAACUCUGGGCUGGAAAAAGAUACUUAACCUUGAGUGAGUUCAGUGAGGUUUAAGCAUGUGCUGAUAGCAGUACAUUUCAACCUGUACAUCCCUAUAAAGACACCUGAAGGGUAACUUUAGAACAGCUUUGCUAUCUGUAGGCUCCAGUUCCAUAGACAAGGUCAGCAUCUGUGUUGGGAAAUUUGAGCGCUCUUCAGACUGAAAGAAGUUAGAAGAACUAGCAUAGAGGCAGGAAAAAGCUGUUCUGGAUCAAGUGUCUUUAAUUAUCCAGAAGGCAUAUUUUUUGUAAAGAGAUUUGAGAACUGUUUCAAAAAUGUAGCUUGAAAAUAAGUGCCUGCCUGUUCACCUCCAGGCUUUCUCAAGUAUUUUUCCACAGACUGUAUCCCAUUUUCUUAUUUAGUAUGUUUACAUGUGUUCAUAAGUUAGGGAAGGAGUCCCGUAAGAGAAGCAGUGCAGCAGGAAGACAUAUCAACAGUGACUUGUGACAUCUGCUAGGUAUGGUAUUAUUUUUAUGAAAAUGAAAAAAAACUUUAUUUUAGUGGCCUUAGUAUUGUUACUGAAGGAUCUGGGGGCUCUGUUUAGUUUAGUAAUUGCAAGAACCAGAGUGUCUUGAAAAGCCACUUUCUUAUUGAUCAGGCAUCUCUACAAUGGAAUAUUUUAAAGAAAUUUGUUGAUUCUUCUACACAUUUGCAACAAGGAAGUGUAUGGUGGGGGGUGGUUUUCAAGUCUUAUUGAAUUGUCAGGAUUUAAAAAAAGAAGUUGGAAAAGCUCAUAUUUUAAUUUUAUGCUGCUGUUAGUUUUUCAUUCAUGUAUCAUUUGUUGUUGAUGUUAUCUUUAAAAAAAUUAUGCAAAUUGGCUUCUUCCUACAUUCCAAAUGACCAAAAACGUGCACACCUCUGCCACUCUGCCAGCAGCCUUUCUUUCAACAGGUUAUAUUAGACCCUGAAGAAUGUAAUUUACCUGUGUAUCCUUCUUAGCAUAAAUAAUCUAAAAUCAUGGGUGCUUUGGUUUGACUGCCUUACUGAUCUUGUGAGUGAUAUUGAAAAUGACAAGCUGGUUUUAACUGCAUGUCACUAAAAUUCAGACUGCCUUUUCUAGUGCCUGGAAAGACAUACAUUCUUAGUCCUGUAAUGUAAUUACGUUAAUUAAUUAAUGUCUGUUAAUUGCUUUUUAUUUGUAUCAUUUGUAUGACAACGCUGAUUUUUUUUUCCUACAGACCUUAGAGCAGCAUAUCCCAAACUUUCUUGCACUACAUCUUAGAAAGUCAUGUGUGAUCCUGUUUUUUGAGAGGGAUUCGGACAGCAGCUGCUUUAAAGAGAAUUAUGGGAGUAGCAGGUGUCAUUUGGUAUUAAUUCUACAGGAUGUGUUGGACAGACUUGAUAGCAAUGAAUUCUCCUAUUCCUUAAUAUCUAUGAAGAACUAGGAAAUCUGCCACCAUACAUCAAUUUGACACAAAUGAGCAGCAAAGUACCUCUGCAGUCCGUGAGCUGAAAAAUUCUUUCUUGAAAAUAAGAGGAAAAACUUCAAAAUUACUCUCACAGUACAGAUCAAACCCAUACCUUAUUCUGGGAAUUUAGAUUUUUUGGAUACAGCUCAAGACAUGAAUUCUCCAGAACUAAAGAUGUGAGGAGGAAUCUCAUCCAUGUUUUGAAGGCAGUGUUGUUGGCUAGCAGUAUUAGUCAUCUCCAGACUUCAUCUUAGUGCUUUUUCUGUUAGCACAGGCAUGAUGUGCUGCCCAUGAGUGUUUAGAAAACUCUCCCCAGUCAGAGUUGGAAGAUGCAGUCAUGCCACUUGCUGAUCUACCUCUGUCAUGUAUUGUACCAUACCUGUGCCCUUAAUUAUAUUUGCCUGAAUGUGUGCACGUCAGAGCAGCCUGACUUAGACCAUGCAGCCCCUGAGAGUGGCAGGAGUAUUGUACUGAUUUGUGGCUGCCUCUCUUCACUCCCCUGACUUGUUUGGUGUCUGUCAUUUACAGCUUGUGCUCAGUCUGCCACUCGUCUGUGUGUAAGUCUGGCUGCUUUAGAGAGAGAUUCGAGUAGGAGGACUUCAAUUCAGACAGGUGUAGCAAAAUCUUUUGGGAGGGACAUGAUGGAAAAUAUUGCUUUAUAAUUACUUUCAUUCUAUUUUAAUCCUGUUUUGUGCUGUCUUGCUUGGCUAAAGCUGAUUCGUAUGAUUUGAAAUGCAGUUGAUUCUUUGGGCCAUAGUGGAUUUGCUUCUAACACCUCGUUUCAAGCAGCUGAAUGUCUUUUUCAGCAAACACUUCCACAUGAAACUCAGCAACAGAAAAUCCUCCUAAUACCACCAGUGUUUCUCACCACCUUGUUCACUACCACCUUGUUUAAUCUGCAUUUGAGAAUUUCAGUAAUACCAUUUUUUUUAAAACCUGUUUCUCUCUGUGGAUAUAUUACAGCAUUUAAUAGCAGGUGGUGAAACAAUUCAGUACAGCCCUGCUCAGGCAGCAGCACUGCUGUUUCCUUUAGCAGACAUCAGAAUUCAGGAACACACAUCCAUUUUGGGGUGAUCUGUGCCCCAUAAUUUAGAUUAACAUAUUGAGGUAAAACUUUCGGUUUACUUUAAACCCCAUCUGCACUUUAUAAGUAGGCACUGGGAGGCUUUAACUGCAAAGUGCUGUUUGACUGAGAGACUUUAUCAUGAAGAAGGAUAAAUGAUGGAGUCUUUACUACACAUGAGCAGAGCAAAGCCAGAAGGAGAUUAAGAAAUCUUACAUGAAAAGAGAAUAACAAAAGAUUAAGCACAGAAUCCUGUAGUAUUACGUCAACCACCCUCCUGGUAUCUGCACUUUAGAUACUUGAAUGUCUUGUUAUUUAUACUUUUAACUUCCCAUGUUGACUCUGCUCUCUUCACCACAGAAGUGAUGUAGUUUCUGUUACAUUCAGUUCAUUGUAGAUGACUUAGGGGCUGUUUUAUGAGGAUGGAACAUGACACAGAUUGUUUCAUACAUGAAUGAAUGCAUUUCUGAUCCAUCUGGAAUGUCCUCUGCCAGCUUUAUUUGAGUCUGUAACCUAAAGACAGAGAACAUCCUGUGUAACUUAAAAUUGGUUUGGGGUUUCUUUGUUCAGUUCCUCACGCACAACUGCCUACAGCUGCCAAGUGCCUGAUCUCGCUGUUGCAAGGCUUUUCUGAGAGCUGGGGCUGUGUUCUCUUCUGAGGUCUGUAAGACAAGGUCUUUGGUAGGUGGGGGGUCAAUUUUUGUUGAAAAUUCUCAUUCUGCAGGAAUCACAGUGCUAUUUUUAGUGGCUUUCCAGCUAGUUAUCCAGUACAUGUCUGCCUCUGUUUGACUCAAACUUGAGCCUGACUACCCACCUUCCUGAUGCUGUUGCCUCUUUCCAGGCUUUGAAAGCUGGCUGAGGGAUUUAGCAGUGCAGCAGGUGUUUAUUUUGGGUUGUGUAGUUCAGUGACAGGCCGUUUGUGGGCGCAGCAGUCAAGCAAGCACUUUAUGCAGAGCCCCCUUAUCGGAGCUCCCAGCCAGAUGCUCUAAACAGGGCUGGGAUAGGGGUAUUCAUAUGUGCAAUUUGGGAGGCAGGUUUGGUGCCUGAACCUCUUACUUUAGAAAUCUCCCAUUUUACAUGUUGAAAAUGUUUAGGUUUGACUAAGUAUGUAAUUGUACAUUUAAGAAGAACCAAGUUCAGAGUUCAUGUGAGACCCUAAAUCAGUGCCUGCAAUUUUUUUUUUUUUUUUUUGCACACAUACCACACAAAUUGAAUCUGCCUGAUGUUAAAGAGCAGAUUGUCAAGAUUUUUAAAAAUGCAAAGAUAAAGGGUCUUUUGUUUAUUUGUCCACAGGAAUAGCUAUAAGCACAAUCUUAGAUUCCUCAUUCUGUCCCCAAAGCUCUGGAACAUACAUACGUUUCUCCAAAGACAGUGUUAAAUAAAAUGGCUCAUAGCAAGUCAUGUACCAAAAUGUUUUCUACAUUAAAGCUGUGGAAGAACUUUGUGUAUACUACUGCUCCCUGGAUUUUGGAAGAGAGGUUUUCAAGCAGCUUAAGCAGUAGUUAGUCCUUAGACUGAACAGGAACUAAUUUUUCUCUUGAUUUUCCAAAUUGUUGUUGACUGUUUCAUGUUGACAGUUGAUCUCGGCUUAAUGCACAGAUGAUGUUACUGUCUGAUCAAACAACAUCUGUCCACCUGGAGUGGACAGGAAAUCUCUUGUGCAUUACGUGACCAAACUUUCUAACAUUGACACUAUGACUUCUAACAUGUGGUGUCUCUUCCUGAAAUUCAGUACAUUGUUGCAGAUGGAUAGCAGCACUGUGACAGAUGAGUAGCAGUUGAUUUGUAGAACACACCUACGUUGAGAAACGCUUAUUGACAAUUUUGAUAUGCUGAACUGACUCUUCCUACUAAACCAGCUGGUAACUAAUGUUAGGCUUAUAUGUAUCAGCAUAUCUUGUUUUCCAAAGCACAGUAGCUUUGAAAUAUCUAAUAUGUUUCAUUUGUUAUUCAUGCUGCAGUCAAGCACUAAUUUGUGUCUUUAUAGUACAAACUAUUAAAGAAUUUUGUUUUAAAUA